GUUUCACCCCUCCAAGCAUCCCCAUCAAGUGAGGAAAAGCCUCCUGAAGAGUCAGUGACUGUUUCUUCCCUGGAAUCGACAGUUGGGUAGCAUGGGACGUGACGAUGAUGCAGCUUCCACUUUAGUUACUGGCUCAGAAUAUGAGACAAUGCUGACUGAAAUCAUGUCCAUGGGCUAUGAGCGAGAGCGGGUAGUAGCAGCGCUACGGGCCAGCUACAACAACCCACAUCGAGCUGUGGAAUACCUGCUGACG